GUUAUUUGACUAAAUUGAUAAAAAAAAGUUUGCAGAGAAUUUAUUUGAGAAAAAAAGACAACAAUUAAAAAAUUUCGAGAAAUUGUGAGAAAUUUAAAACAUAUUUUUAAUUCUUACAUUUUUGAAAAUAAAAACAAAGUUUUUUAACAGUUUUUAUAAGAUUUUAUAUGACAGUGUUUGUGGUUAUAAAUGACACGAUUUUAAAGCUCAGUGAAACUGAUUUUAAUUGCAAAACCUCAAAAGAAUUUUUAAAAGAAAAAUAAUAAAUUUUUAGUGAAAAGAAAAAGAAAAACAAAAAUGAACUACAGUGUUUGAAAACCUAAAAGUUAAAUAAAGCUAUUAAGGAUUUUUUAGUAACCCAAAGCCAUUGAUCUUCGGAGGCGCAGGAUUUUUAAACAGAGCUUUUUGUCGAAUUUAUCCCAGACAUACCCAUAAAAAGAGCAUUAUCAUCAGCAACCGCUUUUUUUUAACUAAAAAUUUUGCCAUAAUACUUUUUAAUUCAUCUUAGUUUUGGUCAUACUACCGUCCUCUCUUUCGCCAUCAUCGCCAUGGUUAUGGUCAGUUCUGCGGUUCUUGGUGCUGCUGUGGGCAGUGGUUUGGCCCUUAUGGUGGCCGUUACCAUCGUUAUGUAUCGUUAUUAUCUGCUGCGUAAACGUGGCAAGGAAUGGGAUGAGCUUGAUCGCUGGGAGGAGACACGCAUUCUGCGCAAAUUGCAAUUGAAGGAGGUGAAUUUUACAAAAGAGUCACAGCACAUUCAUCCACAAGCAAAUCUUGGUUCUUCACAAAAUGUUAACGCUGAUAUUUUACGUGGCCCAUCUGAAGCUUUACACAGUCCUAUGCAUUUACAUCAUCAAUCACGUUCCUUUCCGCCAAGACUACAAAGGACCCCUUCAAUAUCAAGCCAAUCAAGUGUUGACAGUGCACCAUCUAGGCAAUCGUGUCAUCGCGGUUCUUCUCCACAAAUACGCACAUUUGGCCCAGAUGGACGCAGUUCAUUGCCCACCGAACCAAUAUUUCCCUACUAUCUCUCCCGUACCCCCAGUCCUAUGCGUACCAUAUCACUGGAUGCCCGUGCAGCCAGCCAGAUAGCGGCUGAGGUUAGUGAUUUGCGUACUCCCAGUCCAUCGCAGAAUAGCUUAAACUCACUGUCCAGCAUACCUAAUACCACACUGACUUCUCCACACAGUGCAAAACAUGGUAGUCGAUGUAUUUCACCUCUACUCAUACCACCUAGGAUACAACCAAAUGUAGAUCCUAAUUUGGGACCAGCUUCGCCCUUGGGUGCCAUACAACCGGAUUUGUAUAAAGGACCUGAUGGUCCAAUAAAUCUCAAUGCUCCAGAAAACAGUCCAGCCUUGGGAAGGCUACAUUUGAGAGUUAAAUAUGAUUAUCAUUUAUUUGAUCUAACUGUACAUUUGAUUGAAGCUCACAAUUUGUGCCCUAUUGAAGAAGGUGGUUUCCGCGAUCCCUAUGUACGUCUCUUACUUGAGCCGGAAGUGGAUAAACGCAAACGUCAAACGCUUAUACAUCGUGGUGAAUCCAGUCCAUACUUUGAUCAACAUUUCAAAUUUCCUGUUUCUAGAGAUCAACUGCAAGGCAAAGAGUUGAUUCUGCAGGUUUUAGACUAUGAUCGCUAUUCUCACAAUGAUAUAAUAGGAGAAGUUAGAAUUUCCAUAGACAAUUUGGACUUGUCAAAAUCAGUGGAGAUCUGGGGCGAUCUGCUGCGCACGAAAAAACCUCCUGAGGAUCGUCCUGAAUUAUUAUGUUCCUUGAAUUAUCUACCACAAGCUGAACGUUUAACAGUGGUCAUAAUGAAAGCCAAAAAUUUGGAUACCAUCCAGGAAACCUAUGUGAAGUUAUAUCUAAUACUGAAUGGCAAACGUGUCAAAAAGCGCAAGACUAGCAUUAGCAAAUCAGAAGAUCCCACACAUCCCACCUGGAAUGAACCGUUCACCUUCAAUCUACAAUCGUCAUAUUUGCACAAUGCCGCCAUUGAGAUCUAUGUUGUUUCCGCCGGUGGUGAGUCCCAAGAUAUUGGCAGCAUUGGUUUGGGUCCCCAAGAAAGUGGCACAGGAUGUCAACAUUGGCAUGAUAUGAUCAAUAACGCACGUAAACCUACAGCCAUGUGGCAUUAUAUACGUUAAGAGGAUGUACGAAAAUAUACAAAAAACCACAUUCCUAAAAAAUUGCGCAAACUAAUUUACAAAAUAAGUGAAAAAUAAAAAUUUGUUUAACAUACCGUACACAUAUAUAAAUACAUAAACAUAUUAUACAUACACAUAUAUAGAAAUAUAUAAAUAAUCAAAUUGUAAACUUAUUGUAGGUUAACUAUAAACAUUUAUUACCACGAACCACAACAGCAUCAAAAGUAUUUUUUAAAAAAAAACACAAAUAGAAUACACCAAUUUUCAGAAAAAAGCAAAUAAAAAACACAUACACAAAUAAAAUUCAGACUUUUAAAACAAAAAAAUCAUUUUAACAACGCAAUUUACAAAGAAAUUUCAAAAAAAAAAAUAAUAAUUAAUUUUUAAACAAUGGAAAAAAAAUUUCAACAACAUUUUCUCCAAAACUAACAUUGAAGAAAACUUUUCCAAAAAAAAAAAUUAAUGAAAGUUUUUAAAAUUGCAAUUUUAACUAUAAAAAUUAUAGAAAUAAAAAAUCUUCUGUAAAUAUAAAAUUUUGACAAAAUUUUCUAUGCAAAAAACAUCUUGACAAAAUUAAAAAAAAAAACAUCUUGACAAAAUUUUUUAUAGAAAUAACUUUCUUAAGAAAUAAAAUUUUCGCAAAUUUUUCUAUAAAAAUAAUAUUUCGACAAAAUUUUUUCUAUAAAAAACAAAUUUCAGAUUUGAAAACGUGUCUGAUACCCAAUUGUCGGAUUAAGUGUUUGGGGGACCACCUCAACCCGUAAAACACCCUUAAGUCGGACUUACCGACCAUGGCAAUAUGAAAGGUAUUUGCGUGUAGAAUACGAAUCUGAUAUCUAGGUGUGAGACCAAGCAUCUGGGGGUCCACCCCUUGCACAAAACACCCCCCAAACAGGAUUUAUUUACCAAAUACCAAUCUGAUAUCCAAAUGUAGGGGGUUUGUUGUGUUUGGAGGCUGUCCCUCGUCAAAACCGUUCCCCAAAGAUGACAAGUUUACGACCUUAGAGAUAUGGGGAUCAAAUGAAAGGUCUUUGGAAGUAAAGCACGAAUCUGGUAUCAAUAUUCAGGAAAAGUGUCUGUGGGGCCACUCCACACCCAAAACACCACCCAAACGGAAAGUAUUUGCUGAUCGCUGCAAUAAGGGGCUCAAAUAAGAGGGU